AUGGCUUUAUUUAGAGAAACAAUGAUGGUCGUGUUGGUGGUGAUGAUGGCUGCCGCGGGAUCUACCACAGCUGUUGUGUAUAACGUUGGUGAUUCUGUAGGAUGGACUUUCGACCAAAAUUAUGAUCAAUGGGUUUCUUCCAAAAAAAUUCAAGUUGGUGAUACCCUUGUUUUCAACUACGACCCACAAUUGCACAAUGUGAAGCAAGUGAACGUCGACGAUUACAUUGCAUGCACAGAUAAAGCUUCAAUUGCCAGCUUCAACUCAGGCCACGACUCAAUUAACCUCCCAACUCCAGGCGAUUACUUUUACUUGUGUAGCAUUCAAGGUCACUGUGAUAUUGGUCUCAAAGUUCACGUUAAAAUCGCAGCUCCAGCGAAUACUCCAGUGACUCCUACUACUCCAGCAACCACAACUCCGACUAAUAAUAGUAGUCCUGCAACUGCAUUGAGUCCUCCUGUUAAUUCCGUAGAAUAUCCUUAUUUUCCUGGUUUUCCCAUUAAUUAUAACUACACUAGUGAUUCUUUUGCUACCACUUGUUAUUCAUCCAACUGGUUUCCCAUCAGCAUGGUAUUGCCAUUGUUUCUUCUUCUCUGCUUCUAG